AUGGCUUUCAUCUUUGGGAAAACCAAAAAGCAAGCUCCGAGAAUUUUGGAUCAGGAGAAUUUCGAGCCCGUCAAACAUUACUCCAAACAUGGAAGCAAUCACAGAAUUGUAUAUCAAGGCGUUGAAUAUGAGUCCGCGAUAUUUGAUCGAGUCAUACUCGCCGAGAUGGCUCUGCGGGGACUCGUCCAGCGCCACGACAGCGUCGAGAAAAAGCUUGACCAGCCGGUAUCCACUCCAGAGGAUAAGUUGAAGGUGCAACAAUGGGAGGAAGAGCUACAGAGCCUCCAAAAAGAGAUAUUAUUGAAGCAGCAUGAACUUUACAGAAACGAAGCAUUUCUUCCACACAAGCCUCUCAAGCAGAUGACUGUGCAGAAAGAGGUGGCUGCUGCAGUCGGAGCUGUGGAUGCUGCCAAAGCCGCCAUUUGA